UUAUCAUAUCUGUGGUUUAUCUACUUUCGCGCCACGUAAUGGUGUAAUGGAAUAAAAAACAUCAGUAGAAAUAUAGGAUAGAAAAGUGUAAAAAUUUACAUUGAACUAUGGCACCAAAUAUAUCUCUUCCUAAAUUUUUCCAAUCUGAUUCUAAUAAAACCGGCAUAAAUGCUGUUUUAUUGGGUCCUCCAGGAGCUGGCAAAGGAACUAUUGCCCCCAAGUUGAAGCAAAAAUAUUGCGUAUGCCAUCUUUCUACAGGAGAUAUGUUACGUUCGGAAAUUCAGUCUGGUUCUGUACUGGGAGCCAAACUGAAAAAAGUUAUGGAUGAAGGUAAAUUGGUUAGUGAUGAUUUGGUAGUGGGUAUGAUUGAUAAGAAUUUGGAUCAACCGGAAUGCAAAAAUGGAUUUUUGCUUGAUGGAUUCCCUAGAACAGUUGUUCAAGCUGAAAAGCUUGAUGAUUUACUAGAGAAAAGAAAAACUUCAUUAGAUGCAGUUAUUGAACUUGGAAUUGAAGAUAAAUUACUUGUGAGACGUAUUACUGGUAGGUUAAUACAUCCAUCUAGUGGAAGAUCUUAUCAUGAAGAGUUUGAUCCCCCAAAGAAACCAAUGACUGAUGAUAUAACAGGUGAACCAUUAAUUCGAAGAUCAGAUGAUAAUGUUGAAGCUUUGAAGAAGAGACUUUAUACAUAUCACACCCAAACAAAACCACUUGUUGAUUAUUAUCAAAUACGCAAGAUUCAUUACAGAGUAGAUGCGGCACAAGCACAAAACGAUGUUUUCAAAGAUGUUGAUGAAAUAUUUAAACGUGCCAAGAUGGUUCGUUCACAACUUUGAAUAAUCCAGAAGCCGAUUUGAACAGAUUCCUUAAAUAUUUUGUUUUCAUUUGAAGUCCUCCUUAGGCGCAAUAUUUAUAUUGAAAUUAAUUCAAUAAAUAAUAUAUUUGCAAUA